CUCACUCCGCUGUAGGAGAGAGUAGAGACACGGCAAGACGAAACAUAGCAGGUGAUAUAGUGGAAAUUAAAUGUGGAGGGGGUGCAAGAGAGAUGAAGAGGCUCACAGAAUGAAAGCAGCUACAUUCCAUAGGUUUUUUAUCUGGGGCAAAUGGAAUAAGGAAGUGGCUAAGAAGGCAACGGGGAACCUUUUAUAACUUCAUGUUUGGUAUUCGUUGUGAACUAUUUGGCUUUACUAAAAAAAGGAAAAUUUAUGUCAAAUCAGAAAAGAACGGUCCUGUAAAGACUCCUCCUGGACUCCUGAAGAAAAAUCUUUCACGUGGAGAAUAGAACAUGAGCAGCACUAACUUUAGCCUCGAUACAAUAAUCUCUGGUCAUUCACUAUGUGAAGAAUGGACCAACAGCACAGAGGGUGCCAUCUACCAUCUGGGUAACACCAUCCUCUUUUUGGGGUACAUGGGUGGCAGUGGAACCUAUGGAGCACUAUAUAUCUUCAGUUUUCUGGCUCCUGCUUUCCUGUGCUUGGCAUUGUGGGGCUGGCUGUCAGUGUGUGGCCUCGAUGUCUUUCUCUGGAACAUCCUGCUGAUGCUGCAGUGUCUAGCCCAGGUGUGCCACCUGAUAUUUCGGCUGAUGCGGGAUGGUCUUUCCAAUGAGGAGCUUUCUGCCCUCUACUCUGCAGUUUAUCUACCACUGGAUGUACCUGUGCAGGUGUUCAAAGAGAUCACUGCUGCCUGUGAGAACAAGGUGCUAGCUCUCAAGGCUGAAGAGACUUAUGCUGUAGAGGGAAAAACGCCUAUUGACCAACUCUCCUUUCUGCUCUCUGGAAGGAUUCGGGUGUCUUUAGAAGGUCAGUUCCUUCAUUACAUAUUCCCUCACCAGUUCCUGGAUUCUCCGGAAUGGGAAUCCCUCAGACCAACAGAGGAGGGAAACUUCCAGGUGACACUGACAGCGGAAACGGAUUGCCACUACAUCUCCUGGCGCCGCAGACGUCUUUACGUCCUUCUGGCCAAAGAUCGCUACAUUGCUCGUCUGUUCUCAGUCAUGCUUGGCAAUGACAUUGCAGACAAACUCUACUCUCUGAAUGACAAACUCUUUGCCAAGAGCGGGGUACACCUUGACAUCCGUCUGCCCAGCCUCUACCACGUUCUUGCCCCAACGCCACAAAGUAGCGAAGGAGGAAGUGGCAGUUCCCCACCAAGGGGAAGCCAAGGGAAUCAGAUUGUUGUGCCAAUAGACCCAUCACCUAGCAACCAGCAUGUAGGUGCAGCAAACUCUCAACAAGGACAAGGGAAGGAGCCGCUUCUCAAAGGUCAGCCUUCUCAUCGACACUCUUCCUGGGCCACGGAUCCUGAGAUGCCCUCGGGUGAGGACUCAACCAGCCUAGUCCUCGAGGACUUUGCUGAUAUGAUAGGCUCUCUAGUGGACUAUGGGAGUGAAAGGGAUUAUUUGAAAUAGAAAGUAGGUUGCUGAAGCUAACACACUGGGCCACAACUUAAGUGACAUGUAAGUACACACAAAUAGGUUAGGACUGGUAGUGUGGGGAGAAGUGUGUCUGCUGUGUUGUGCACUGUGUUUUGAAGUGGCACUGCUGCACACUCAUUUGGCAUCAAGCACUUGACUAACGUCAGAGAAUGCAGGAGAGGAAUGUGCUUUGCAGUGAAUGUGCAUUUAACAUCUAACUCUUCUGUGAGUGUUAUUGUAUGCAUGGAAAUAUAUAUAUAUAUAUAUAUAUAUAUAUAUAUAUAUAUAUAUAUAUAUAUAAAAGUCUUGUUCUGUGUUGCAAAUUUUGCAAGUUGUGCAGUAAAUCACUGUUUUUUGGAUUGUAUCUCUGUGUCUACAUGAACAUGUGUGAGUCAAAGGAGUCAAGUCAAGGCUUUGGGUUCUUUCCUUGUCUCACAUAUAACAGAUUUAUACAGUACACAUUUUUAAAAGUAAAAAAUGCAAAUGGAAUUACUGAGUCAGUUAUGAGUUUUCUUUUCCAUCAUUCUGCAUAUCUGUUUGUUUAAAGGCUGGAACGUCAUGAGUAAUCCAGUGAUCCAAAUCUGUAUGCUCCAUUAAUCCACCUCUUGCUUCUUUUGAAAUUCAUGCUUGCACCAGCUGUGGGUGAUAUUGCAUUUCAUGGGGGGGUGGAAAGGGUAGUAUUAGAUGGCAUGCAGGACAGCUGAUGGGAAGAGAUGGGCUUUACUGUCAUUGAAAUGCUGACCUUGUACACAAGGCCUGUGGAGGAAUGAGAGAUAUGGGUCGGGCUAUGUGGACAGAUAGGUUACACCACACUCUAGAGAGGGACUGGUAGUGAUUCAGACAGAUUCAAAACAAUCUUAACAUAAGUUACUAUAGAAGGACUUAUAUCAUGGUAAACUACUGCCAUACGAUUGCAAAUGACCACUUGUUGAUUUUCUUCAUAAAUUUGACAGAGGGUGAUACUCCUGGAAGGUUUCGAUAUCAAAGAGGACGUGCUCCACUGGCUCCCACGGAUACCCCGAGGCUCUAAAAAUAAUCUAAUCCAUAAACAAAGCCAAGAGUGGAACCAGGGCCUCAGCAAGUUCACUACACGCUUCUCAUUUCCUCCGCUGUUGUAGCUUAAGUUCCUAUAGUACAAAGACCUACUGUAAAUUGGACAAAGAGGUUUGAGAGUAUUUAUCUAUGCUAGUAAUACAGUACUAAUCCCUUCCACUGGCCUUGAUCAACAAAGCCAAACAUAACUUUGCCUAUUAAUGUUAAUGUUUAUGCUUUCAUGUUGUUUUUAAGCCUGUGGUCUCAGUAUUUUUGUAGAUCUGACUGUAAGUAAAACUUCCUCUUCAGUUUUCACUUCAUUUCCUAACGUCACAUUGUGUUUUUGCUUUGUGCGUGUGCGAGUGUGUGUUUCUUAAGCACAAGAUAAAAAAAUGAGUACAGGGAAAACAUUCAACCAGCAUAUGCUAUUUUAUGGGAGUUUUUUUUUAGUUCACCAUAAGGAAUCAAUGCAUUUUCAUGGGGCCAAUUCUUACUUAAUAACACCUCAGUGAAAAUUCAGCACGUGGCUGAUAUUGAUUUCAGACUACAAUUUGCUUGCAGUAGAUGAAGCUUUAUGAAACAUUUUUAAUUAUUAAGUGUUGUCCAUAAAUUUGUCUGAUAACAGAUACAGAUAAUUUAUACAUGAAAUAAUAGCCAGACUACCAAGCUACUGUAUAUCACACAUGUUAAAUGUUUAGGAUAAGCUCAUAACACAUGUAGCAUGUCAACAGGAAGAAUUGACAUUGUAACAGUAA